CAUACAGAAGGAGGCAGAGGCAACAGCUACAGCAACAGCUCGCUCCUUCCCCAUCCUUCCUCUCCUUUCCCUUAAUUCCACGUCCACGUCGUUGGGAGACGGAUGGAUCCCUGAACAGCACUGGCUGAAGGAGAGGAGGGUCUCACGUUAGCCUCCUUAAUGUAACAGGCUUUCUUUUUUUUUUUUUUACCGGGGUCACGAUAAGCAACAAGGAGUAGAAGGAGGUGUGAAGUGUGCACAUAAGCCUGUCGGCAGGAGGGAGGGCAGGAAGGAGAACUGGGAAGAAGAGAGGAGGCAUGUUUGGCACGCCGAGGAGUGAGACCGACUGAGGGAAAGAUCAGAAGAUCACACCGGUGAGCUUCCCGAGCGGCGACGGCCACUUGUGGGCCAAGAGGAGAGAAAAUAAGAUCUACACACACACACAGCUGGACAGAUGAGGGGGCAUCAGGGACCACGCUUCCGUCCUGGGUGUCUGGUGCACUGACCCUGCCUGUAUCAGGCGAGGAGUCAGAGGACCAGCGCCAUGACUGACUCUCCUGGUCCUGGUGGUCGUGCCUUAGUGCCAUGGCCAAGGGUGUGGAAAUGGGUUCUGGCUUCCUCGCUGGUCUCUGUCGUAGCUUUGACUUUGCCAGAGAGCAGUAAGGCCUGUCCUCCACGAUGUGAGUGUUCAGCUCAGUUGAGGUCUGUGUCAUGUCAGCGGCGACGGCUCACAAACAUCCCAGAAGGCAUUCCAACUGAGACACGGGUCUUGGACCUCAGCAAGAACCGGCUCCGUUGGAUACAGUCGGGUGAUCUGGCACCAUACCCCCGGCUGGAGGAAGUGGACCUUAGUGAAAACCUCAUCGCCACAUUAGAGCCAAAUGCCUUUGCUGCUCUUCAAAAUCUUAAAGUCCUAAAGUUAAGGGGGAAUCAGCUGAAGUUAGUACCCAUGGGGGCAUUUGCCAAGCUAGGUAAUCUCACCAGCCUGGAUCUAAGUGAGAAUAAGAUGGUGAUUUUAUUGGACUACACCUUCCAAGAUAUGAGGAAUCUUAAACAGCUGGAAGUUGGAGACAAUGAUCUGGUUUAUAUGUCCCACAAGGCAUUCUCUGGACUUCUGGGACUAGAAGAUCUGACCAUAGAGCGUUGUAACCUCACAUCCAUCUCUGGCCAGACGCUGUCCUACCUCCACAGCCUGGUCACUCUUCGCCUUCGACACCUUAGCAUUACUGCCCUGGAGGAUCAAAACUUUCGCAAGUUAUCUAAUUUGCGGGGCCUGGAUAUCGAUCACUGGCCAUACCUUGAGUAUAUCUCUCCACUUAGUUUUCAGGGCCUUGAUCUUCACUGGCUCUUCAUCACCAACACCAACAUCACCACUGUCCCUUCUAAUUCAUUCAAGAACCUGAUGCAUCUCACCCAUCUCAACUUGUCCUACAAUCCCAUCACCACAUUAGACCCUUGGGCCUUCAAGGACUUGCUGAGGCUAAAGGAGCUCAUCAUGGUAAGCACUGGGUUGCUGACAGUGGAGCCUCAUGCCCUUGGAGGUCUCAGACAGAUUCGAGUACUCAACUUCUCCUCCAACGACCUGCAGACUCUGGAAGAGGGGUCCUUCCACUCUGUUAACAGUCUGGAGACCCUCAGAGUGGACGGGAAUCCCUUGUUGUGUGACUGCCGUCUGUUGUGGAUCCUGCAAAGACGCAAGACCCUCAACUUUGACGGCAGAGUGCCAGUGUGUGCAGGCCCGGUGGAGGUGCAAGGAGUCAGCCUCAGCGCCUUCUCUGACUCUGCCCUCUUCGAUCACUUUACAUGCCAGAAACCUAAGAUCCGCAACCGUAAGAUGCAACAGGUGGUUGCUCGGGAAGGCCAGCCAGUGAGCUUUGUAUGUCGAGCUGACGGAGAUCCUACACCUGCCAUCAUCUGGAUCUCACCACAGCGUAGACGAAUCACAGCAAAGAGUUCAGGUCGCAUCAUUGUUCUCCCUAGUGGUACUCUGGAGAUCCGCUAUGCUCAGCUCACUGACAGCGGGACGUACAUCUGCAUUGCUACAAAUGCUGGAGGCAAUGACACCUACUUUGCCACUCUCACAGUAAGAGGCCAGCCACUAGACUCUGCCUCCGCCUUCUUUCUUAACCGCUCUCUGUACAGCGGGGAGUACUUCAACGACACAAAUCUAAACAGCACACGAGUUUUCCUCAAGUUCACCUUGGACCUGACCACCAUUUUGGUCUCAACAGCCAUGGGUUGCAUCACGUUUCUCGGAGUUGUUCUCUUCUGCUUCCUGUUGUUAUUUGUGUGGAGCCGUGGACGUGGCCAGCGCAGGAACAACUUCACAGUGGAGUACUCGUUCCGGAAAUCUGAACCCACCACAGGAAGUUCUACAGGAGGGACCAGGAAGUUUAACAUGAAAAUGAUAUGAAACAACGCAGCCAGGGGUCCCUCAGGGGAGGCAUGAGCACGUCCCAAAGACGUGUUUGACACACGCAAACACACACAGCCACCAACUCACAAAGAAGCUUGAGAGCACAAUAUUAGCUCGUCUCUAUUGCUCUGCUCCAAAUUGGGUGCCCACCUCAAAAUUAGAGUUGUGAUUUCAUUUGACCUAUGCUUGAAAUUUUAAUUAUUUUGAUGUCUCCACUUUGUAAUGGUUUUCUUCAGAUUGCGGUGUUGAAUGCUGCUGUACGUAAUAGCGGUAGAGUUUAAUUGAUUAGUUAUGCUUGAUAAUAAUGGUGUGAAAUAGACAUAAAUGAUUAGUUAUAUUUGCAGCAUGAACAGCACUUUCUUGGUUAUUUCAACAAAUAAAAAGAAAAGGUUCGCAAUUGGUAAAGAAUGUCAUGGAGGCCAUCGAUUUAAGCGUUCAUUUGACCUUUACUUCUUUGUGAGAUUCUGCCCAAACAUGAGCUGUGUGAGUUUGGGACGAGUGUACCGGUCAAGAGGUCCUGUGGUUGCCUGUGACUCAGACGAUUAAAUUAGGAACACCAAACACAGGCCACCACAGGAACCAAAUGAACCAAUGCAAGAGAGAGCAAAUGGUCCAGGUUGACAGGAACAGAGGGUAUACAGAGUAGUACGAGCGAGAAUACAUAAGCCUUUUUGACCUGUGUUUCGCUCCCCUACACAAACCCCUGAACCCUGGUCUCUGCUGCAUUGGUGGCCACCUAACCCUCCCGAUGCUGCCCGGGGGGAGCAGCCUGGAGUGUUGGGUCAUAUUCAGAGGCAGAGACAGGACACGUAGUUUCACAAGACAACCAAACUGGGGAUGACAAACAUUAGAUAACAUAUUGCAACUUUUCUCAGGAAGAGCAAAGUAACGAAGCAACAGAAAUAGAUUUCAUUGAACACAUUUAUUUGCUAAUUGUAACAUUCCAGCAAUACUGUAUGUAUAGCCAUAUAGCCAAUACUCGAAAUUUGUGACUGAAGAAACAAAGCCAUAAUUUGUGUAGGUUGAAUUUUUAUAUAAAGUGUGCAUGAUUUAGUCAUAUAAUUAUCACUACUGCCAUUUUACAAGCUGUCCUGGUGUUCACAGGACUAUCCGGUGUCACUGGGUUUGUAGUAUGUUCCACAGAAUAACACAAACAAACACAAAGGAACAACAGUCAUAGUUGCACAAGAGCAAACAAACCCAACAUGGCACACACAAGCACAACACAAGUCUUUAAUUGUGAUGCUAACUUCUCUUUCUGUCUCUGAAACGACCAGUGCAUGAAUGUCUCUGCCCCCCUAGCCCAGUGCAUCCCCCCCUCUCACACCUCUCCCCCACACACCCCCACUGGGUCCUCCUUUGGGAGGGGUCCCUGGCUGGAGACUGAGGAUUAAAAUGUAAAUGAAGUUGUGUUCACCCUACCCACACCAUGUGCAUCGUAUAGUGGAGAGUAGUACUGUGGUCUUAAUGGCAAAAAAAUAACAAAAAGGUUUUGUUAUGCUUUUUUUUUUUUUUUCAAGUGUUAUGUUGCAUAUUUGUUUGUCCCUUAUUUUUAUUCUGUUCAGUUGUUGUUGUCUGUGAGCUCCUGAAUGUUCACUGUGUUAAAGCACCUCAUCCACCAUGAGACAUUAUUCUGUUCUGAACACCUCCUAAAGUGAACUAAAUGGAGCCUGCAAACAAACUAUAAACUGCUCAUAUACUUGACUUAAUACAAACUAAUGUUUUUUUGUUGACGGCAAAAAGAAACAAAAACUGUUAUUCUGAUAACCUGAGCAAGAGGUGUAAAACUCAAGACAUUGAGGGUCUGCAAUUUGCAAUUGCAUGUGUCUGUGCUUCAAAACAUUUGAGUCAAAUAAUUAUGCUAAUAGUAGAACGUUGUAGACUGCAUCAAUUCAGCCAUUUAAUUCAGGUGCAUUGGUCCAGGAAGACAGCCAAACGUUGCAGAAUGUCUGUACUGAUGGUCUGGCCUCCAACACCCAGGAAGUAAACCAUAAAGUUUAUAUUGUUCAGUAUUUUAACAAGCAAAAUUGUUUUGUUCGGGUGAAAAGCUCAAUGCCCACCGAGCUUUCUUUCAAGAUGAACAAAAUACAUUAAUACGUAUCAUUCAGUCUCAUGCAAUCAGCAUUAACGCUAUAUUUCAUGUUCAUCUGAAAUUAAACCACCUGAGUUGAGCACAUUCUUGGUGAAGAUCUGAAAACUAGAGGGAUAUGCUAGUACUGAUUUGAUUAUAGCCACAGACGCCAAAAUUAAAAUCUCAGAAUGGUGUCAUACAUAAUUAGUCAGAAAACCAGGAAAAUUUCCUUUAGUUUAACAGACUAAGUGCCGUUAACAUCACAAGCCCAAAACAAACUAUUUCUUAAUAUUUUCAACUGGGUUAAUGAAACACAGAAAUGUUAGAAGUGUAAAUGAGCAGUUUAUUCCAGUCCAUUUCCCUUUUAUAUCAGACUUGAACUCAAGUGGAUGGAUGGGGCCCUUCAACUUCAACUUAGUCACAAAAUUAGGACUUUUUUAACUUGAACCUAUACAAAUUAAAGACACCAAAAAUAAUGAGCUCAUUUGUCUGUGCCUGUUGCCACAGGUAUUUAACUUCACUCCUAUUUUACCAGUUAGCAGUAAUGGUCAUUUGUCUCAUGGGUGGAUAAUUUACGCCUCUUUUAUGGUGCCUUACUUUUUCCACUUUCAGUAGAAAGUGGUAAAAUAUUGGCUUCAAAAAUUUGUAUGCUACUUCUGUGACUUUCUUUGCAAAAAUCAUCAAAUUUGAUCAGUAAAUAAUUAAUAGAUGCAACCAAGUCAGUUAGUAUUGCUAGGAUUAGCUUGUUAAUAAAUGGCAUCCAAAUUGUCUAAGUAAUAGAAUGUUUUUUGAGAAAAGGUUUUAAAUAUGGUUGACAUAAAAAAUACACUGAUAGUUUAAAAUUGUGUUCUAGUGACAAAAAGACAAGAAAAGGUUUUGAAUCAAAAUCUGAGUGCUAGCUUAAAAAAAAGCACGAUCUGGGCUCUCUCCCCUUCCCUCAGAUUGUCUCCAGUCAAUUUUUGAACUGGCCAAUCAGCAAACAGAAAGAGAAUAGUGAACGAUGACGUCAGUUUUCUGCACUAAUCAACACUAGCAUCUCUUUGCAGUGGAGGAUGGUUGUUUACAGUGCAGGUAGUUAGCGACGAAUUGGCACAUCUCAUACGUCACGAGCAAACAUUGGAAAUUGGGUAAAAUUUAAAACCUCAACACAGUCCACGCCUCCAGGAAUCGUUCGUUUCUGAAUAUUUCGAGUCCAGACCAUAUGUACGAAGCAAAGUACAGUACAAGGGAGUGGUUCUUACCUGGCCGGUGAGCACAAAAUGUCAAUUUUUUCAUAUUUCCGUCUUAAGGAAGCCAUGCAGUGAAAAAGUUGCAACUCUCUGAUCAAAAGAAAGCCCCCCUUUAUUAGAACAAAUCCACGGUUUGGGUAUAAUUUGCUGCAGGAGAGAGAACUCUCUUGUUCCUUUGAGAUGAUUUAUGCAAACUCCAUUUUUGUCCCUUGUCAGGGAUGACGAAACCACAGAUUCUUUGUCAAGAUGAAUAACUAAACAGCUGUUAAAAGAUUCAUGAGACAAAAUGAGAAUAGAUGGCAAAACUGGCCUGAUUUCUACCACUACUGUUAACUGCCGUGGUGUGGAGAACAGGAUGUUGCCUCUAUGGAUGUCACUUCUCCCUAAACCAUCCCUCUGGUGUUUCCAUCUUCUGGUAUUUCUCAGUGGAAAUUAGGUUUAGAAGACAGUAAGAAUGUCUGUAGUGAUUGUUGAUGGUGUUAUUGUGUAAACAUCAUGCAGAAUUGUAAGUGUAGAUGAGUGUUUCAUUUCGUUUCUUUCUCUUGCCUCUAUCCCCUUUCUCCCCCGGUUGUCUGCCCCUUUUCUUUCUGUCGUCUUCUUAGCAUUUCUGAUCUCUGUUGUCCCUGUUCACAGUAUUAGGCCAGAGUAUGGUUGUGUGGUAGUAGAUGCGUGUCCUGUGUGGUUGGUGAGUCGGUGUUGUAAUGUAAUGAUUCGUCGCUACUCGUGAUGCCACCAAACACAGAGCAGUGAUUGGAUCAGCGACUAAGAUGAAAGGGGUGACCCAGGUUCCCUAAAAAAAAAUAGUAAAAAAAAAAAAAGAACUGGUUCCCAUGUCACACCCAACCAUUUCUUUCAAACCUCACCUUGAACUUUAGCAGACUGCACCAUGCUGUUCUGGGAACUUUUUUGGAUAUGAGAACCAAUGGACUGGACUGUAUGUAUGUUCUCAUGAUGAUACGUUCAUUACGUGAUACCAUCUUACAAAUGUAGGAAGGGGGACUGAUGUUUUUGGGUUUUUUUCACUCGUUUUCACCUGGCAGAUUAAAGUUGUUCAUUUAUAUAUAUUUUUAAAAAGGGACGUUUAUUAGGGUUGGAAUGAAGCAAUUUUCCCUCAUAAAAGCCUUGAAGACUGGAGAAGCCAUUUUUACACGUGAUUUAAAAAAAAUCUGUUAUGUGGCUUUUACUUGAAAUGUCCUUGCAGGGGUAGGAACAGAUUUUACUAGUAUGUAAAAUAUUUUUAAUUGAUCAUAAUUUCUGGCAUGCAAUUAUUUUAACAGUUCUCCCUAAAAAGGCACAUUUGCAUAAUAUCUUGCUCUAAAGCAGGGGUCCCCAACUCCAGUCCUCAAGGAACUCAACUUUUAGAUGCAUCUCUGUUGAAACACAACUGGAUCAAACAAACUGCUCAUUACCAACCUAUUGCAGAGCUGAUUGGAUGCUGGUGAGGGAAUUCAGACAUUUUGGAGCAGAGAUGCAUCUAAAAGUUGCAGGACGGUAG